CGCGGCUUGCGUCGUCGGCGCAGUUUCCCGCGGCGGCGGCGCCGGCGGCAGAACGAACUCGGGAGCCGGCUGUUGCGGAGCCGUCCUCCAAGUCCGAAUUGCGGCUGCACGCAUAGCAAGCUGCGCUGUAGUUGCAGUUUCCCGCGGAGGCGGCGUCGUGGGCAUGCUCGCGGCCAAACCACGAGCCCGUGUGCAACCGGGAAUGGGGCACGUCUCUCGGCUGCACUUCAGAGCGUGUUGCGCGACCAACUUCGCGAAGGCCUGGCACACGUCGCACCGGCACGUCCCGUUGCUCGCUCGAAAAUGAACCACGUGCGCCCUCACGCUCGCGCAUGGCGCCCGCGGCCGCCGAAGAGACUAUGCACGCGGCGCAAAGCGUCGCGCCGCAACACGGCGCGUCGCGCGGGUCCGACUGUUCGUCGCCACAUAGUUUACAGGCUGCUCGGGUCGGGGUCCACGCGGAUUCGCCGUCGCCGCGUCUCGUCGUACUCUCUCUCGUCGUCGGGUCCACACACUCGAGAGCCAGGUCGAAGUCCAUGGCCGCUCGCCGCUCGGCCCCGCAAAUUGGACGAGCGGUCGUGGCGCCGCUCGGGCGAACUGGAAGCCUUCACUCAAAGUCGCAAAAACAGUGGCAACGCCGCGCACGCUGCGAAAAACUUAGGGUGA